AUGAAGGUUUCCAUUGCCCUUGUGCCCCUCCUCGCCGGGCUCGGACUGGCAGGGCCCAUGCACAAGAGAGAAGAGCAUUUUACCGGUGGCACAGACGCUGCGAACAGCAUCAAUGGCGCCAAGAGCAUCGGCAGCAUUGAUGCUGCGGAUAGCAUCGACAGCAUCAACAGCAUCAAUGGCAGGAGUAUCGAGAGUAUCGACAGCAUAAAUGGUGCCCACAGUAUCGAUGCUGCAGAUAGCAUUGACAGCAUUGGCAGCAUCAAUAGUGCUCGCAGUAUCAAUGCUGCGGAUAGUAUUGAUGCUGCGGAUAGCAUCGACAGCAUUGACAGCAUUGAGGCCGCCAACGCUGCUAAUAGUAUCAAUGCUGCGGGUAGUAUCAAUGCUGCAGAUAGCAUCGACAGCAUUGACAGCAUCGAGGCCGCCAACGCCGCCAACGCCGCCAAUAGUAUCAAAGCUGCCAACGCCAACUAG